UCUCUCAUUCUCCGCAUUCCUGCCUGCAACAGAAAUAUCCUUCAACCAUCCAUCCUUCAUUUCAUUACAUGCAAUUUACCUCUUCACCAACUCUCUCUGAGCAAAAGCCACGCGGUGCAAUGGAAAGAGAAUUAUCAGGCAGUUCCAUAUAUGGGUUUUAGAUGAACCUGGGCCAAAUGAGAAAAUUCCAUGGCUUGAAAGGUGAUCUCUAGAGCUAGUAGUCGUUGUUCUGAAGUUGCUGAAAUCUCUCUUGUAUAUUUACUGGUAAGUUUUUUUUCUUAGCAGAUUCGGAUAAAGGACAUAAAACUCUUCUCACAUUGUCCUUGAGAAAAACAGAAACCGUAGUUGAGUUUCUCUUUAUGUUAGUAUGGUUGGUAUUGAUAAUAUCCUGUCUUGGUAGGAAGUUCUGAUCUGGGUCUUAGUUCGGCUGAUCAGUUGCUUCUGAUAUGUGGGUUUUAUCACGUCACUUAAAUAUUGCUGUUAUAGCUUUUGGAAACUCGGUAUCGUCUGUUUCCUCUUCUCCUAAACGAUGGAGGGAGUAAAAUGAUGUUUCAGUUCGGCUUAUAAACUCUGGAAGGACUAUGAAUUAUUUAUUCUAGCCAACAUUUUCUGCUGCGUUUCUUUCUGCUACGGCACAGGUAUGUGACUAUAUUAGUUAAGCAAACUAUAAACUUUGAAAAGUUGGGUUGGCUUUUGUGGUGGGGGGUUUUUGGGAGGAGAUUGCUCGUCCGGAUCAUGAAUAUGAACACGAAGAGAGCCGAAUUUCUUGUCGAACUUAUGGUUCUAUCAGAUUUAUGGUGGUUAGUUUCAGGUCUAGGUUCCAUGUCUUCCAUUGCCAUUUCUUAUGGUGAAAAAGGUCCUGUUUUCUGUGGAUUAAAAUCAGAUGGGUCGCAUCUUGUAACAUGUUACGGAUCAAACACCGCUAUAAUCUAUGGAACUCCUGCUCGUUUCCCGUUUAUCGGUCUUACCGCUGGCGACGGCUUUGUUUGUGGGCUUCUACUGGAUUCUAACCAACCUUAUUGUUGGGGUAGCAGUGGGUAUAUUCAAAUGGGCGUUCCUCAGCCCAUGAUAAAAGGAGCUAAAUAUACAGAAAUCAGUGCUGGAGAUUACCAUCUAUGUGGUCUGCAGAAACCCUUAACUGGAAGGCGCAGAAACACUUCUUUGGUUGAUUGUUGGGGCUAUAACAUGACCAAAAACUAUGAUUUUGAUGGUCAGCUUCAGUCCAUUUCAGCUGGGUCGGAAUUUAAUUGCGGUUUGUUUUCUCAGAAUAGGAGUGUUUUAUGUUGGGGCGAUGAGACUAGUAGCCGGGUGAUCAGCUUAAUACCCAAGGGCAUGAAGUUUCAGAAGAUUGCAGCUGGUGGAUAUCAUGUUUGUGGGAUUUUAGAGGGGGUAAAUUCUAGACCUUUUUGUUGGGGAAGGAGUUUGGGCAUUGAGGAAGAAAUUUCUGUGGCCUAUGCUGGUCAAGGAAACGUAGAGUUGGCUCCAAAUGUUCCUAUGCUCUCUCUCGUGGGGGGAAAGUUUCAUGCUUGCGGAAUUAAGAGCUACGAUCGUGGAGUGAUUUGUUGGGGUUUUAUCAUCAAACCAAGCACCCCAGCUCCUAGAGGCAUUAAGGUUUAUGAAAUCGCGGCUGGAAAUUACUUCACCUGUGGAAUUCCUGCGGAGAAAUCUCUCGCACCCGUUUGCUGGGGCCUCGGAUUUCCUUCAUCUCUUCCUUUAGCUGUCUCUCCUGGAGUUUGCAAGUCUACGCCAUGUGCUCCAGGUUUCUAUGAAGUUAGUCGUGAGAAUGCCCCAUGCAAGUCUUCUGAUUCCCGUGUCUGCAUGCCUUGCAGCAAUGGCUGCACUGCCGAAAUGUACCAAAGUUCUGAAUGCACUUUGAAGUCUGAUAGGCAGUGUGCAUAUAAUUGUUCAAGUUGUCUCUCAGCUGAAUGCCUCUCAAAUUGUACUUCAUAUUCCCAUGCUAUUAAUGGAAAGAAGAAUGAAAGGUUUUGGUCACUGCAAUUGCCAGUCAUCAUUUCUGAGAUUGCCUUCACUGUUUUCUUGGUGAGUGUUGUAUCUUUAACUGCACUAUUAUAUGUUCGCUACAAGUUACGAAAAUGUCAAUGCUCAGCAAAGGAAUCAAAGUCCAACAAAAAUAACAGAAGCGGUUCUGAAUUCCAAAAGGACACAGGGAAGAUUGGUCCUGAGUUGGAGGAGCUGAAGAUAAGAAGGGCCCAGAUGUUCACUUACGAGGAACUUGAGAGAGCCACAGGUGGGUUUAAAGAAGAAUCCCUUGUGGGAAAGGGAAGUUUUUCAUGUGUUUUUAAAGGGGUUUUGAAGGAUGGGACUGUAGUUGCUGUUAAAAGGGCUAUAACAUCUCCAGACAAGCAGAAGAAUUCCAAAGAGUUUCAUACAGAGCUCGAUCUACUUUCGCGAUUGAACCAUGCCCAUUUGCUCAGUCUACUUGGAUAUUGUGAAGAAGGUGGAGAGAGGCUUCUUGUUUAUGAGUACAUGGCUCACGGAUCCUUGCACCAACACCUUCAUGGGAAGAGCAAGGCCCUGAAGGAGCAACUGGAUUGGGUUAGAAGGGUCACAAUAGCAGUCCAAGCAGCUCGGGGAAUUGAAUACUUGCAUGGUUAUGCUUGCCCACCUGUAAUUCACCGAGACAUCAAGUCUUCAAACAUCCUCAUUGAUGAAGAACACAAUGCCCGAGUGGCUGAUUUUGGUUUGUCAUUAUUGGGACCUGUAGAUGGUAGUUCCCCUUUGGCAGAGUUACCAGCUGGAACUCUUGGAUAUCUUGAUCCUGAGUACUACAGGCUCCACUACCUUACAACCAAAUCUGAUGUCUAUGGCUUUGGUGUUUUGCUGCUGGAGAUACUCAGUGGUAGGAAAGCCAUUGAUAUGCAAUAUGAAGAAGGGAAUAUAGUUGAGUGGGCAGUUCCUUUGAUUAAAUCUGGAGACAUUAAUGCAAUUCUAGAUCCAGCUUUGAAACCUCCAUCUGAUCUUGAUGCCCUGAAAAGGAUCGCGAAUGUAGCUUGUAAAUGUGUGAGAAUGAGAGGGAAGGAGAGGCCAUCAAUGGACAAAGUGACAACAGCUUUAGAGCGAGCGCUUGCACAAUUAAUGGGUAGCCCUUGCAAUGAGCAACCAAUUUUGCCAACUGAAGUAGUUUUGGGAAGUAGUAGAAUGCACAAGAAAUCCUCCCAAAGAUCUUCCAAUCGUUCCAUAUCAGAGACUGAUGUGGCAGAAGCCGAGGACCAAAGGUUUGAGUUCAGAGCACCUUCAUGGAUAACUUUUCCUAGUGUUACUUCUUCACAGAGGAGGAAGUCAUCAGUCUCAGAUGCUGAUGUUGAUGGGAAAAACUCAGAAGCAAAAAAUCAGGGAAAUGCAGGAAAUAAUGGUGAUGGAUUGAGGAGUUUGGAGGAAGAGAUUGGUCCUGCUUCUCCUCAAGAGAAUUUGUUCUUGCAGCACAAUUUCUAAAAUUCCCUAAAGAACUACUACUUCUGAAGCAGGAGACCAUAUUUAAUUGGUUAUUGGUCUGGAUUUAGUUUCUUGGGAGGCAGAAAUGUAAAAUGAAGAAUGGGAGGUUUGAAUUUCCUGAUUUACUUGUGCUACCACUACCACUACUAUCAACCACUGGAUGACUUUCAUCUAGUUUCUUAUGUACUAAUUUGUAGUUUCCAAUCUCUAUGACCCUAGUUUUAGCAUCUUAUUGCUUGCAUUCUUUUCUGCCACUGCACUGCUUGUAAUUCUUUCCAUUUCAUUUUUGUCUAUUUCUGUGUUAAGCUUAAUUCCUGCCUUAAAUUCUAACUUAUUGGAGUUGUGCUGAUUGUUGA